GUGCGUUCGAAUCAGUUUCUUAUGCUUACUUGCAUUGACUUGCAUAAUCAUGAUUUGGUUCGCGCUUUGAUUUUUUGAUAACUACUAGCCGUAUAGUGAAAUGUUUUUUAUACAACUUUUUAUCAUUUACUGCAAAUCAAAAGUUAUAGUUACUUAGAGAAGAUAUGAAAUUAAGAAGUUUACUGAAAACUUGAUAGUAUCUGAACUAAUAUUGAACUUCUAUAAUAAAUUCGUUAAGGCAUUCAAAAUGGGAGUGAAAGAUCUGUGGAAUAUACUAUCACCUAUAAGUGAAAGAAAACCACUUUUUGAACUUCAAGGCAAAGCUAUUGCUAUAGAUUUAAGUUGCUGGGUUGUUGACAGCCAGACGGUUACCGACAACCAUGCUCAACCAAAAAUGUAUCUCAGAAAUUUAUUUUUUCGUACAUCUUACUUUCUUCUACAUGAUAUAUUUCCUGUUUUUGUUCUGGAAGGAACAGCACCCACUCUAAAACACAAAACCAUUGCUAAAAGAAACGAAGAGCGAAAUGGAGGCGAAGAAAAGAAAAAAGGUCAAAAAGGAGGAAGAACACGUUUCAAUCAUGUUUUAAAAGAAUGUGAAGAAAUGUUGAAGUACAUGGGUUUGGUUUGUGUCAAGGGUUUUGGAGAAGCUGAAGCUAUGUGUGCAUACUUGAACGCAGAUGGACUAGUUGAUGCCUGUAUCAGUCAAGAUAGUGAUUGCUUCCUCUAUGGUGCAAAAGUUGUCUAUAGAAAUUUUUGUACAAGUACUCAAGGAAAUCGCACAACAAGUGGUGGCUCCAUUGAUGAAUAUUCUAUGGAAAAAAUCCAGUCUGUUUUCAAUCUUGGAAGAAAUAAAAUGAUAGCCUUAGCUCUUUUAUUGGGUUGUGAUUAUGAUGACGGUCUGCCUGGGGUUGGCAAAGAAGCUGCCCUCAAAUUGUUUAAGAUUGUUGAUGACUGUAAUAUUUUACAAAGAAUGAAAGAGUGGAAAACAAAUUCUACCAAGUAUCAAAAAAUGGAAGCAGAAUUAUCAAAUCCAGAAAUUUGUACAAACUGUGGUCAUAAAGGAAAAGUGAGAUCUCAUACAAAAUUUGGCUGUGAAGAUUGCGGAACAACAACAAAGUGCAAUGACUCUUACAAAGAAAAACGGUUAUUAAUUUCAAAUGAAUUAUCAAUGAGAAAAAAAGCUUUAUUAGUAGAUAAUUUUCCUAAUCAAGGACUAAUAGAUGAAUUUUUAAUUCGUACUGGUUCUAUACCAUCAAAGUUAGACUUCAAAUGGAGUAAACCAAUAAUUGUCAAAUUCAUUGAUUUUAUGGACCGAAAAGUUGCAUGGGAACCCUCUUAUGCAUUUGCUAAAAUAUUUCCUCUUGCUACUCGAUGGCAGCUUGUCAAUCUUAUAGAAUACCCGAUACAACAGCGAUUAAAUAUAUCAGGUGUAUUUUUUCCCGAAAAAAUAAAAAAAAUUCGAAAUAUUCGUAGUGUUGCUAGUUAUGAAAUACUUUGGCUUGAUAAAGAUAAGCUUUUAGAUGGAUUAUAUUUAAAUGCGCCCAACACUGAUGACGAUCUUUCUGAAGAAGAGAAUCCAGAUAAACUGACAGAACUUGUUACCAUUGAACCUCAAGAUAUUGUUAACAAAUGUUAUCCAAACAUAGUGCAGGAAUUUGAAGCCGAACGUAAUGCUAAAAAGAAAAAACCUGCACGUGCACGUAAAAAAAAAGAUGAUGAAAAUGUGGGCGACAAUGUGGAAAAGAGACCUGUGCGUCGAAAACGCGUUAACAACGCAACAGAAAUAAAGAACAAUCGGAAAAUUGUAGAUUUCAUUCAAAAAGUUCCAACGGCUAUAGAAAAGCCACUACCAGCACUUGAAGAGGCUUUUGAUCGCCUUAGCAUAACACCAAAGAGAAUGAAAAAGAACACACCGAAAAAGCGAGGUCCACAAUUUGAACGAGUUAUGGCGACAGAGAAAUUAGAUUCUAUCCUAAAUGGCUCCUUGGAAAUGAUGUUCAAUGAAUUAACUCCAGAAGAUUUCGCUAGCGACCUCGACGUUUCUUUAGAUAUGUCUUUGGUUAUUGAUAAUAUCGUUGGUGCAACUAACAGUGAAAAAGUAGAAAAUGUGUCAGAUAAAGAAAAUUUGGCUAAUGAGUUGGGUGUGAAAAAGCCUAGAAACAGAAAAUCUUCAAACAUAAUACUUGAUGAGCAUGAAGUAACCGACGAAUUUGAUGCUUUUAACAAAUCUUACGUACCUUUGGAUAAAAGGAUUGGAAAUGAUAAAAAUUUUGCGAAUAAAGCGAAUGAGUCUUUAAUGUCUAUCGAUACCAACGUAUUAAAUAGAAUGAGUAUAGGUAUUGAAAGUCUUUUAAAUGCUUCGGACGACUGAUGAAUUAUACGAUAAUGUAUGUACAUAAAGUGCAGUAUUAUUAUUUUUAAUACAAUUAUUCAAGAUGAAAAUUGAAUAAA